AUGAUGCGCCUCUUCAAUCGAUUCUACGCCCUUUGCGCCAUCGCCGCCUGCACAAUAUUCUAUUCGGCUUGGUUUUUAACGUCCCGCAGUUUCGGUGAUAUUGUUCCGCUCGCAUCGAACAAUUUUGAAACCGUGGCGGAAUUUGACCGGCGAUUGGUCGUGUUCGGUGAUUCAUGGAGUGAUAAUGAGACAGAGGAGCCGCAAGGGAAGGUCUGGACUGAUUGGCUUUGUGAGAAGUUCUCGUGUCACCAGGAGAACCUUGCCGAGACCGCCAAAUCCGUUCUGAGGGGCAAAUAUGCCGGCUCAGUCGUCGACAACAGUGAACUAGACGUACUUGGCCGCUUGUCUCAGACAAGGCUCAGUGACUUCAAGACUCAGCUCCAACAUUGGCUUGACGCCGAAGUCAAAAGUCUUCAGGGGUUGACCGAAGACGAGAUCAAGUCCCGCCAAGAUCGGACCAUCUUCGUCGUCUCCUUUGGCAUCUGGGACAUUUGGUCCCUCGUCACCAAGGACUAUGACACCGCCACCGCCUCCCUCGAACGCCGCGUCCAGACCAUCAUGGACCAACUGAACACUCUCUCCAAGCGUUGGGGCUCUGACCAAGUGAAGGUGAUCCUGACGCAGUCCGUUGACGUGACGUUCUUACCGGCCUUUUCACCGGCCUUCUCCACCCAAGGGGAGGAGUACAAGAAUGCUGUUAAGCUUCUCAGUCAUUGGAACCAUAAGCUAUGGGAAUCGGCUAAGCCUUGGGAGAAGGGAAUUAUUUACAUGUUUGAUACGAACGCCUUCUUGUUGGAUCGGAUUCGUGAUUGGCAACUCUAUGCGGCCGGGAUCAAGGCGGAGAGUGGAUUGGGCACGAAUGAGGAUCCCGGGUGGGAAAAUGUCGCUGACGCCUGCGUCGAAACCCCAAGUUCAAUUGAGGUCAUGAUGUCAAAGGGGAAGGAUGAGAAACAGUGUGAACACCCAGAGAAGUAUCUGUUCUGGAACGAUAUGAGCCUGGGUCCAUCCGCACAUCGAUUGAUGGCGACCGAGAUUUACGAGGGGAUCGACGGGGUCCUGUUGAACGCUCAGGAACAGGAACAGUCUACCAGACGCCGCCACACCCGGGGCUUCACAGCUUAG